AUGGAGUUGAUCAACAUACUCUCCCUCUUUCUGCUGGCUGUCAUGGCAUGGGCAAAUUCUCUUGACACCAACAGCGAGGGAACUACAUUAGACCGCAAGGUCGAGCACCACAAUGGCAGCGCAAUACAGGUAUACUAUCACAACUCCUUUCGACCAACCUCCCGGUCGAGCAGUGCAUUGGCGAAACGCAUGGGAUACAUGGCCAAUUACGAGGUGAAGGGCUCCAACAAGUGUUCCGAGGCAACCAUGACAUUCGACUUUGGGAGUCACAGUGCACCGCUCGCAUCUGACUGUCUCGCCGUCAUGUUAGAUGUCCUGAAGAACCCCGGCUAUUGGGAGACGUAUGAUUACUCAGACGCCAAGUAUGGCGAGCUGGUCACCUCUGGCUCAUGUACCUUCGGUAUAAAGCUCCAGUUCGGGCCCGAUCCGAAGGCGAGGGUGAACAUUGGGUCUUAUGAUGUCGUCGAUCAGAUCUAUGCCUCCAUCAAAGCCCAUGCGGACUACAAGUGGGACCCCGAAUCUCACGGGAACGAGGGGGUUCGAGUGGCUACUGAAGGGAAUAUGAUAUGUGGCGGCGCUGGCGUGACCUGGCAGAUCUACUCUGGCUCUUCGCCUAAGCUGGCCAAGCGCGAGGGCGACAGUGUGAUGCCCUUCCGGAGGCCAGAGGGCACUGGGGCCUCGCAAGACCUUGUCGUCCCUCACAGUAAACGAGCAUGGUAUUCAACAUUCCACUACUACGCACUGGGCAACGACACGUGCGACGGCAGAGAACCGAAGGACAUCACGGACAACAAGAAUUCGCCCUACGCGGAGGAUUGCAUGCAGCUGAUGAUCGAUUUACUAGGCUACCCAGGGUCGUGGCAAGUUGGGGGUUUCUCGGACGCCGGAUGGCAUAACCUCGCAACAUCGGGGACCUGUUGCUUUGACAUCAACAGCCCCAACGGUCACGACUGGCCGUCGUUCAUCGGGACCUCCAACGUCGCCGACGUGCUCUGGUCGUCGAUCAAGGCAUGGGAGAACAAUUCGAAGAAGGUCGGCGCACAGGGACUGUUUGACUGCCACGGACUCCCCCCACAGCAACCCAUAGGAUGGCAGAUUGCGCAGUGCCUAAGGUAG